UAGUAGUGUCACACCUGCUGGCAACCAGGGCGCGGAGCGGUUGGUUAUUCUCAGACGCGGUGCGGUGCGGUGAAGUGAACAUGAUGCCUAAGUUGCAAAAUUCGCCCAUAGCCAAAGCACUGGUGGAGUAGCAUUGAAAUGAAUAUCGUCAGACUGCGUGGACUUCGUUUGUACCAGGUCAAAAAAAAAAAAAACAACUAGAAUUGCUGGCGUCGUUGGUGCUUGUUAAGCACGUGGUUUGUCGCGUUAGAUUGUUUUACUAAUAUUUCUCAUGCACACGUGUAUGAGAACUCGUAAAUACACCAGCAGCCGUCCAAAGACUCCUGUGAGGCGAGGAGAAUGGUUUCUGCUGUUUAACUGCUAUUUACGUCUGUUCCUGAGCCAAGGACGCUGCAGUGGAAGUAAUUUCUUCCUCUACGUAUGCUUUCCAUCACCUGAGUGCUGCCUCGGAAGUGAACCAAUAGGAACAGAAAAUAGUAAACCUCAUUUGACUGCAUGCUGUUCGUCACCUGCAUGCUGCUUUGGGAAGUGUACCAACUGGAGCAGAAAACAGUAAACAUCAUUUGGCUGGAGAUAUGUUCUCUGUGACGUUUUCUCCUCACUGCAAUCAUACUGUAACAAAAGUUUUUGAAAGUGUGAAGAAUCAUCUGCGAUGAUUGCUAGAAAAAGUCUUAUGUUAUUUUUUAAGAAUAUUAUCGUUACAUGUUUUACGUUUUAGUAUGUGUUUAGUUUCCUAUGCUUUUAAUUUUUUUUUCAUAAUUCAGAAUAGUAAAUUAAUAUUUUUUGUAUUUUUGCAUUACCGCAAUAAAGUGUGCAACAUGGAUGAAAUUAGAGUUAUAAAGUGCUACAACCUCCUGUGCUGGAAAGAAGCAGGAAGAUGGUGGCGAUUACAAAAGGACUUUCCAUUUGCAUAGCAGAGCGUGCCCUAUUUGCUACUAGUUUAUUUUAAUUUAUUGAUUUAUUUACUUAUAGACCGCUCAACAACCUGAGUAGAUUAAUGCAAAUUUUCAGGAAAGGAACAUUUGGUAGGCUAAUUCUGUACCGUAGUCGGUUAACGGAAAUCCAAUUCAGCCUCAAAAGCCGAAGUCAUAAAAUCUAUCAUGGAUUUGCUUCUCGAUACUUGUGUAUCUCUUUGCUAGGAGACAGGAAUGUGGAAGACGAUGUUGAUGUUUUUCUGGGGUAUCAAAUUUGGAGAUUGUAUAAUUGACGUAUUGACAAGGUAAAAUGUAGAUGAAUAAAACUUAAGAAAUAAGAAUAAACUAUGGUUAAAACGUAUAACACAUUGCUUGAUUCAGCACAGUAGAAUUGAUUUUGAACCAUCUAUCAUU